UCAGAAGUCACCUGUCAUUUUGUUCAUCACUUGUUCUUGGUCAUACCUCUCCUAUUAAUUCUUCAGAGAGGAAGUUCAAGAAGGGCUCCACACUCCCUUCCUCCUGGACCUCGACCCUUGGACACCAUGAUCACCCCAGGGGCCCCAAGGCUGCCGGACCCUGAGCCAAAGCAGAAUGGAGUUCACUUCCAAGCCGAGAUCAGCAGAAACCGCAGGGACUACAGGGAUGAAUUGGAAGACCUGAUCAGACGUCCCAACCCCUUCUACAGCGACAAGUACCUAGAUGCCUUCCGACGGUCCGUGGAGGAGCCUGAACAGUUCUGGACUGAGGUGGCGAGUUGUGUCUGUUGGACCAAACCUUGGACCAGAGUUUUGGACAACUCCGACCAACCUUUCACAAAAUGGUUCGUGGGUGGAGAGCUCAACGCCUGCUACAACGCCGUGGACCGCCAUGUGCUCGCUGGGAAAGCCUCCAAAGUGGCGCUCAUACACAACAGUCCCGUCACCAAGAGUCUCAGAAAAGUCACUUAUGGCGAGCUCCAUCAUCAGGUCUCUCUGCUGGCAGGCGCUCUGGCCAAGCUAGGGGUGAAAAAGGGUGACCGGGUGCUCAUCUACAUGCCACUCAUACCAGAGGCCAUCAUAGCCAUGUUGGCAACAGUGAGACUCGGCGCAAUACAUUCUGUUGUCUUCGGGGGGUUUGCCGCGAGAGAGCUGUGUGCACGGAUUGACCACGCAGAGCCCAAAGUCAUCAUCGCCGCCAGUUGUGGGGUGGAACCAAACAAAAUCGUCAAGUACAAAACGAUACUGAACGAGGCGAUAGCCAGUGCCCAGGUGAAGCCCAACAAGUGCAUCAUCUUCCAGCGCCGCGAGGUGUUGGAGGCUGAGCUGACUCCUGGGAUGGACCUUCUGUGGGACGACGCCCUCGCCUCGGCUCCGCCCCACGGGUGUGUCCCUGUGGAGGCCAACGAGACUUUGUACAUACUCUACACCUCGGGAACCACAGGUCAGCCAAAGGGCAUCGUUCGACCCACGGGCGGCCACAUAGCCACUCUCUGCUGGUCCAUGUCAGCGAUCUACGGCAUGAGGGACCAGGACGUGUGGUGGACCGCGUCUGACAUGGGCUGGGUCGUGGGCCACUCUUACAUCUGUUAUGGACCACUCACCGCCGGUCUUACCUCGGUCAUGUACGAGGGCAAACCUGACCGCACGCCUGACUCCGGACAGUACUUCAGAGUGAUCCAGGAACACCAAGUGAACGGCAUCCUGACGGCUCCCACGGCGCUAAGAGUCAUACGAAGGGCGGACCCUGAUGUGCGGAUCGGCAAGAAGUACUCCACCAAGUCGUUAAGAUACUUGUUUGUGGCCGGGGAACACUGUGAUCACGAGACCAAGUCUUGGGCAGAACAAAUUUUCAAGGUACCGAUUCUAAACCACUGGUGGCAGACGGAGACUGGACAUUCCAUAACAGCCACUUGUGUUGGUCUGGAUCAUUCCACCUCCCCGCCCAAGUACUCCGCUGGGAUGCCCUUCCCCGGAUAUGAUGUCCGUAUUCUGCGGAGGGACGGCAGCGAGUGUGAUUGCCAUGAGCUCGGUCGCAUCGUCAUCAAACUGCCCCUUCCACCUGGAGUCAUGGCUAACCUCUACAAAGCUACUCAACGUUUCCUCCAAGUCUACUUCUCCAGUUACCCCGGUUACUAUGACACAAUGGACGCCGGAUACCGCGACGAGUUUGGCUACAUCUACGUGACCGCACGUGACGAUGACGUAAUCAACGUGGCAGGUCACAGACUGAGCACGUCAGCGCUAGAAGACGUCGUCCUCAGCCAUCCUGACGUAGCCGACGCGGCUGUUGUGGGCGUCCCGGAGCCAACCAAGGGAGAAAUACCGUUGUGUCUCUUCGUCGUGAAGAACGAUUGCUCUAAGAGUGAGGACCAACUACGACAAGAGCUAGUGAGACAGGUACGAGAGUUGAUUGGUCCAAUAGCAGCCUUCCGUCUGUGUGCCACGGUGACAGCACUGCCAAGGACCCGCUCUGGAAAGACUGCUAGGAAGUCCAUUGCCGACCUUGCUAGGAAUAAACAAAUCAAGAUUCCAGGGACAAUAGAAGACCCCAGCGUGUACAAGGAAAUUCUACAGGUCCUACGAACUAUCGGCUACGCUCUCACAGCUCCUGAACCUCUCUGAACCUCUCUACUCAUCAGUCUGUCUGAACACUUGAUGAUUACGACCACAUCAGUGAAUGUUUACCAGUGUAUAGCAAGUCAAGCAGAAUCGUUUUGUAUAGUAAGAUAAUAUAUUAUAAUAUGUUUUAAAGUUAUGCAUUUUUAUCCACUCGCUUUUUACAGUUUGUUUGAUUUUAAGUGAAACCGUUUAUUUUGGUUGUGGAAUAGAAUAAAAAUUGGAUUUAUUAAAGUUUAUAAGAGCAAUAUCUUCAACAGACUUUAUGUAAACAAAAUGGCAAUUGCAUGACCAAUAAUUUUUCUAAAUUUUACUAUUCAACCAAAUGGAAAUUCUUGUAAUCAUUUGAUAUAUGUAAUGAUUUUGUUAGUAAUAAAGUAUAAUGAAGUUAAAUCUCUGUAACGGGGAAUGUAAUAUAUUUUAAAUAAAAUUUUGUCAUAUAAUAUGAUGCAUCA